UAAUAUUUGUAGUUAUGAUAAUAAACAUGUUAACGAAAGAAGUAAAUUCCAGACAAAUUUUCGAUUGGAUCUUCCAUUAUGUUAAUUUUUUCCUGGUUUCUUUUUAUAUUACUUCCUUUUUGUAUGAACUGGUUCUGUCAAGAGGACGGACUCUUAAUGAAUUGCCAAUAUAUCUAUUGAUCUUGCUGCCAAGCAUCUUGUAUCAUUGGAAUCCCCAGAUCAAAAACAACACUUUUUACAGAUGGUAUACUCACCUCAUGUACUCAUUAUUCCUGAUACUUUUUGGAAUUAUUUUUGCUUUGGUUCUUUUGUUCUCUGAAACCCCCAAAACUUAUGAAUUGCAUGUAUUUUUCGUAAGAGAAAUUCUUCCAUUAACGAUUAUGGGGUUCUCUUUAUUGAUGCUGCUGAACUACUCAGAACAGAAAAUUCAGCCAAAAUACUUCAUUAGCCAAGAAGAUAGACUCUGUCAAGGAUUCAUGACAGCCUAAGCCGACUAAAAAUUAGCCGAUGAAUCU